CGCCUCCUCUGUUCUCCGCGCUGGCAGCUCCGGCCUCGGACCGACGGCUCCACGGGCUCCGGGCAGCCGCGCCCCACUCGCAGUCCCCCCACAACCCCGAGCGCGCAGCAGGUGGGGCGCCCAGGACAAAAUAGAAGACCAAAAUGGGAAAUCUGCUGUUUUGGCUGUUUUUUUUCACCCCUGGGUGGGCUCUCCCUGAUGGGUCUGACACGGAAGAGGAUCUCAGGUGGCACUUGAGUAAAGUGCCCCGGAUCGUCAGUGACCAGACCGUCCAGCUGCCCAGCCCCACCUUCCAGGCGGACGCGUGGGCGGCGGUGUCCAGAGCGUGUGGCCUCGCGAGCCAGCAGGAGCUCGGGGCUCGCAGCCUCUCGGAGCUGGAGGAUCACCUAUCCUACGAGACGGUCUUCGAGAAUGGCACCCGGACCUUGACCAGGGUGAAGGUCGAAGGCCUGGCCCCAGAAGGGGCUCGGAACGCCAGCAGCGGGCGCGCGCCGGCCCGGAGGCGGCGGCAGGUGUUCGGGACUGACAGCAGGUUCAGCAUCGUGGACCGAAGGUUCUCGACCAGCUUCCCGUUCGGCAGCGCCGUAAAGCUGUCAACGGGCUGCAGCGGCAUCCUGGUGUCCCCCCAGCACGUGCUGACCGCGGCCCACUGCGUGCACGACGGGCAGGACUACGUCCGCGGGGGCCGGAGGCUCCGGGUCGGGGUGCUCAGGGCGAGGGCCCGGGGCGCCGGCAGGAGGCGGCGGGGUCCCCGGAGGAGCGGGAGCGAGGCCGGGGACGACCGCGCGGGGGCGCUGCGGGCCGCGGGCCGGGGAGGGCGCAGGCGCAGGGCGCAGGCCCGGGGCGCCGCCUUCCAGUGGACGCGGGUGGCGAGCACGCAGGUGCCGCGCGGCUGGGCGCGGGCGGGCGGCGCGGCCCCGGGGCUGGACUUCGACUACGCGCUGCUGCAGCUGCGGCGCGCGCGCGGCCGGCGCCACAUGGAGCUGGGCGUGAGCCCGGCCGCGGCGCGGCUGCCCGGCGGCAUGAUCCACUUCUCGGGCUUCGACCGCGACAGGGACGGCCAGCUCGUCUACCGCUUCUGCAGCGUGUCCGACGCGGCCGGCGACUUCCUCUACCAGCACUGCGACGCCGAGGCGGGCUCGGCGGGCGCCGGCGUCUACCUGCGCCUGCGGGACCCGGACGGCAAGACCUGGCGGCGCAAAGUCAUCGCCGUGUACUCGGGUCCCCAGCAGGUGCGCGUGCGCGGCGUCGCCCGGGACUACAACGUGGCGGUGCGCGUCACGCCGCUCAAGUUCGCGCAGAUCUGCCGCUGGGUGGGCGGCGACGACGCGCGCUGUGCCUACGGCUGACCCCGCGGGCAGCGCGGGGACGGCGGAUCUGGGGAUGGCCGCGCCGCGGCGGCUUCCCGGGACGAGCCUGCACCCGCCACCCCGAACCCUGCCCGUAGCAUUCAACGUUUUUACAAAUGCAUUGUUUCCAAAAUUAGAAGAUUUUCAUAUCUUUAAAAACGUGUAGGUGCCGAUACUGAAAGCAGGUGGUACUUUGGUGCCGAGGACGUGCUCUUCUUGGGUGUCAGGAAUGGGGAAAGUUUCGUUUCCUUCUGCUUUCUUAAAAAUUAGACCCUUUAAAACUGCCACCCGGUGCUAGAAAUGGACGUAUUGUCAGGGCCCGACUCUGCGAAGAAUCUAGGGGGCGCCAGUCGUAUUAAAUGUGAAGGUGCACGAGCAGAGACAGGUGUUGACACAGGGUCAGCCCCGGCCGCCUACUCCGAGGCCUCGUGCCCCUGGUGUUUAUGUCUUAGGGGUCUGAGAAAUCUAGUGGGGUUUUUUUUUUUAAUUUUCAAAAAUAAAGCAGAAGAAACAGCAAGCUUUAUAAACAAAACCAUUAACUAUUUUACUGCCUUGAGGAAUAGCAAUAUGCAGUGUGUUUUAUUUUAAAAUAGGUAAAAUACUUUGUUCUAUGAAAUGAACCUAGUUUAGAAAUAGGGAAGCUGGGACAUUUGGGGAUCUUAACUGUCUUUUUUACUUAAAAUGUAUGCAUAGGAAAUGAUCCUGUAUUCAAAACAUCGUUUUGUGGUAUACUUUCUAUUAUGUGCGAGGUGCCGUAUUUUUUGGACAAGGAAUUCCAUAAUCGAUAACUUUUUCUGCUUGAGAAAGUUCAGCUUUCUUCACUAAGGCCAUAGGCAUGUUAUUUUGGGGACUUCUCCAAUUAGUAGUUUUAGAUAUAUUCUUUUCUAAAAAUGAAUAUAGUUUACAAAUAUUGAGUUUUUAAAGAAGAUUCUGGUUAUUUUCCUGGGUGACUCUGGCCACGCAGCAUGAGCCGUGUUUGCCCUGGGAGAAAACACGGACAGGCACCAGUGUGGACAGACAGGUGCCGAUGACCCUAAGGGGGGCAGUUUGGGGCGUUGUGUUUGAAGAGUUCCAGUGAUCCAUCAAUCAAGGCACCCUAAAAUUCGGAACUGCAGGCUGAUUUCUAGUGUGCUCUUUCUGGAAGUUUCUUGGGCCACAUUCUCUUUUCCCAUGAUACACUCAAAUCCCUGAUUCUACUAGGAUUCAAAUUUAUUUUACUUAUUACUAUUUUUUAAUAGUGGGGAACUACAUUCUUGACUAGCAUGCAAAGGGGUAUUUGAGUAUAUUAUGAUAAAUGAUUUUAUAAGUGGCGUCCAAAAUAGCUGAACUUCAAAGCAAAUGUUCAUUUUUAAAUAAUGUGAACCUGUUAAAAAUCAUUUA